CAUUGCCCCUCAGCACCGCAGCUGCUCCUCUGCUCUCAUUCACCUCCCUUGGGGGCAGAGGCACUGCUGGGGCAGGAAGUGAAACCUGUCCCAUCCUCCCCCCCACCGAGCCCAUGGCUGCAGCCAGCCCUGCGCAGAGCUUCCACCAUGAAGCCUCCUGCUCCAUCUGCAGGGACCUCUUCCAGGACCCCGUCUCCAUCCACUGCGGACACAGCUUCUGCCGGGGCUGCAUCACCCGAUGCUGGGAGCGAUCCGACGGGAGCUUCUCCUGCCCUCGGUGCCGGGAGACGGCGCCGCAGAGGAACCUGAGACCCAACCGGGAGCUGGCGACGCUGAUCACGGUGGCGCGGAGGCUGAGCCUGCAGGCGGGCAGAGCCGGGCUCCGGCUGUGCCCCGAGCACCGGGAGGCCCUGAAGCUCUUCUGCGAGGAGGAGCAGAGCCCCAUCUGCCUCGUGUGCAGGGAGGCCCAGGAGCACCGCGGCCACAGCGUGGUGCCCAUCGAGGAGGCUGCCGAGGAGCACAAGGAGAAACUCCAGGCUCACGUGCAGGUCCUGAAGGGCAGGAGAGAAAAGCUGCUGGGACUGAAAAAGGCCGAGGAAGGGAAAAGCCUGGACCUCCUCGAGCAAGUGGAAGCGGCGCGGCAGGAGGUUGUGUCCCAGGCCAAGGAGCUGCAGCGGCUCGUGGCGGCCCAGGAGCGCCUCCUCCUGGAGCGCCUGGCCCGGCUGGACCAGGGCAUCGUGAGGAAGCAGGAGGAGAGCAUCGGGAGGCUCCUGGGGGAGGCGGCCUCCAUCAGCGAGCAGAUCCGGGAGCUGGAGGAGAAGAGCCAGCAGCCGCCGUGCGAGCUCCUGCGGGACAUCAGCAACACCUUGAGCAGGCUGGAGAAGGACGGAGCCCAGGAGCCAGCAGAGGCAUCGCCUGAGCUGGGGCAGAAACCCAGCGCUCCCCCUCUGGAAAGCGUUGCCCUCAGAGAGAUGCUGAUGAAAUGUAAAGUUACCCUGAGGCUGGACCCGGACACGGCGCAUCCGCGGCUGGCGCUGUGCGAGGAGCGCAGGAGCGUGAGGUGGGGGGGCACCCGCCAGCCGCUCCCCGACAACCCCGAGCGCUUCGACUCCUCCCGCUGCGUCCUGGCCCGCGGAGGCUUCACUGCCGGGAGGCACUACUGGGAGGUGGCGCUGGGGCAGGGGCAGGUCUGGGCCCUCGGCGUGGCCAAGGAGUCGGUGCGGAGGAAGGGGCGGAUCAUCAUCACCCCCACGGAGGGGAUCUGGGCCGUGGGGCAGUGCGGGAGCAAGUCCCAGGCUCUCACAUCCCCCCCCAUCCCCAUCGCCCUGCCCGCGGCCCCCGCCGUGAUCGGGGUGUACCUGGACUACGAGGAGGGGAGGGUGGCGUUCUUUGACCCCCGGCAGGAGGUGCCCAUCUUCAGCCACCCCCCGACGGCCUUUGCAGGGGAGAAAAUCCUCCCCCUGCUCUGCCUGGGCAGGGGCUGCCAGUUCACGCUGUCCCCAUGA